AUGGAUAUGAACUCAUUCUUGAGUUGCUCUCCAACGUGCAACAAACACGUGGCCCUCUCAGCAAUAGUGAGAAAAGUUCAUCUACUGGAAGUGUGUCAGAAACUAUAUGAAGACACAAAAGCCCUUCUUCUUCAUUUGCCUCCACUGGAUGACGACAACAGAAUAAAGGAAGAGGGGCCUCCUGAAGAUGAUUCUAUGGAGUUGGACGAUGCAGAAAACCGUGUUGUUCUUCCUUCUAAUUGGAGCAACAAUAUCCCAGAUUCUCUCAUUCAGGCAAUUAAGUCGUGCUUACAAGAGAUCAUACGUGUGUACAAAUACGCAGAUCAGCUUUUGGCUCAACCUCACAGGUGGCUUCCUGGCUCCAAGCAGUUCCAGUUGCCAAAGAAUCCUCAUGAUCCUUACCCUCAGUUAUACCUUGUGUUUGAUCAUGCAGACCUCCUUAACUCCCUAGCAGUGUUGCUUGGGGCUCUAGCAGCAGUCCAGAAUGGAACACUGAUUUCUGAGAUGAAAAACCUGGUUGAGUGCAUGCUUGCUUGUGGCCAUGGCCUUAACUACAUGGCUUCACAUCCUCGUGCUACAGCUACCAUCGCCAGGAGCCUUAUUCAGGUUGGUUCUGUCAGUGACACACUUCAACAUGCUAACUUCCCUCCUCCUUUCAUCUGCUGGUCGCAAGCCAUCAUCAGUGUCUUGAGUUUGGGAAGGAAUCUUGAAAUUUUGUUUCCUUACCUUAAGUUGGGAAUUGGUGAUGAUCAAGACAAUGCCCCAACAAGAAUAGCAUGUUAUGGUUAUACAGUAGAUCUCAUAGUGCUGACUGUCAAGUUUUCUGACAAUGUAGAAAUGCUAGAACGUUAUGGGGAAAAGUUACUUGAGUUGAUUGAAUAUGAAGAGACUCGUGAAGGACCCAAACUGGAAGAACAUGCUAAGCUUUGCGAGAUAAUUCCAUGGUUAUCAAUUACCAGAUCUGCAGAAAACUUUACUUAUGACAAUUUAACUAAUAUAUCAAAUAAUCUCAAAGACCACUUAGAUAAGAUAGACAAGUUUUCUGGUGAAUUAGUGACACAUUUACGUAUCUUAAAGCACCUGACAGUGCCCAAGUACCCAGUGUCGAGUUUGUCAGCAGAGGAUCAUAAUGGUGAGAUGAUUGAAGAACUGAAGUACAAAUAUGCAACUGUGCAACUUUUUUCAGCAGACUGCCACACUCACUUGACAAACCUUCUUACGAAGUUGUGUGCCAUGUAUUCCCAACCUUAUGUUCAUAGUGCUGAUUUUGCCAGCUCUGAAGGUGCAGUACUCUUGGCUGUGAUUGAACCUACAUUAAGCCUGUUAAAGAACAUACUGACAUACGUUAUUCAGGCUAGGAACACCAACUUCAAGGACCUCACAGCAAUUGUUCCCCUUGUGCAAACCUACCUCUUGCUUCAGUCAUUCCCACUUGGUUCACAACACAUCACCCGUGCCCAGGACCUCCAGCAGGAGGUGAUCAGUAUACUUCUAGUAUACACACAGCCUGUUUAUUCCAAGGCUGAAGGAGAAGAAGUCUUGGCCAAGAGUUUGUGGACAAAAAUGAUGUCAGAGAUUUUCAAGUUCCUUCUGACUGCUCCACACACAUUCAUGGGAGUCAUCAGUCUCAUCAUAGAGUUGCUACCACUGCCAUUACCCAUCCAGACCCGAACAUCUCUCUCAGAGGAAGAGUCUUCACAGAUUAUCAAUCUGCGGAAACUCUGGAGUGCCCAUCUGUACUGUCUUUCCUCCAACAUUCAUGAAAUAAUCAUGAGAUUAGGCCUGGCAAGCUUCCCUCCUCUCAUGCACCUUCUCCGUAGAAUGUGCGUUGCUUUGUCUGAUCUAGCAGCCCCAUGGCCUUGCUGGUUGGAAGAGCAACCCUGGACCUGGUAAUGCAGG